UCAUUGUGUACCUCAGUUUCGCAUAUAAUGUCUGUUGUGAAAAUACGUCAUAAAAGUUAAUUUACCAACAAAAAAUAAGUUUACUGUUAGGAAAAGUUUUUUUUAAAAUUGCUUCUUAGUGUUCUAAUGAAAAACAGUACAAUAGGAAUUAAGUAUUUUAUAUCAUGUUAUAAUUAUGAAAAAUAUUAGUGAUUUAUGUUUAUCAGUCGGAACUUUGUAUACUCAAUUAUUCAUCCAAUUAAUUUGAGCAUGGUCCCAUAGACAAGUGUGGUGUAAAAAGUGCAGUUCUGAAUUUGUGCAGUGUGUGCUAAACGACAAAAACUAGUGAGUGAAAAUGAGUUUAAACAGGAAAGGGGCGUUGACCAAUGGGAACUCAGAUGAGAUGAAAUCUCCCAACUCGUGUUACUUCUGCAAUGAACUGUUCGAGCUAGGACAGCUACAGCUGCACCUGACCCAGUGCGGGAGCAUCCUGGAGCAGUGCCCGCUGCGCUGCGGCGCCUGGAUCCAGAGGAAGCACCGGGAUACGCACGUGCAGGACUGCCCCAGGAUAGAGAAGACCAGAUCCACGGAGUCCCCGAGCCACGCCCGGCCGCCCGACGUGGCCAGUCCGCUGCCGAGUGUCAGCAACCACACCUGGUCUCCGAAAACCUCUGGUCUCGACGACUGCGUCACGUUUUUGGAGAAGGAAGUCGCUAAUAUUAAAUUAAUCAUAACCGAAGAGGUGAACGCCCGUGACGUCCAAUCCAGCGACCUGGAGACUCUCCGCACCAAGUUCCAGCUACUGGAGGAGAGGUCACAGCACUUCCUGUCUACUGUGACUACACUGAGGACGGCUCUGGAUGAGGGCUCAGAGCGGUGCAGUAAUUGGUCUGCACAGUUUAAGCAUGAUUUGGCUAAUGUGCAAUUGGGAUUGCAGGAGCUCCAAAGCCAGCAGCUAUCAACAGCGCUGCGGCUGGAGAGCUGUGUGAGCAGCGUGCUGCACGAGCAGCGCGAGCGCGAGCUGCUGGAGGCGGCGGCGGCGCAGCAGCACCGACAAGCACUGAGUGGGACCAAACUUGAAGAAGUUAUAAACUACGUGAAAGACGCGCUAGAAGAAGAGAGGGCGAGGAAUGCGGAGAGUCGCGCCGAGCUGGAGGCUGAGCUGGCUGAGGCCAAGCGGUCUUCGGAGCAGCUCGCCCAGCUCUCCACUGUCAGGCUACAGCUGCAAGCUGCCGUUCAUGAGCGACCGGCCCUAGACCGUCUAGCAGUUCUAGAAGUAGCAACAGCGGACGCCCGCGCGGAGUCAGCCGAGCAGCAGUCCAGGCUGGAGACCCUGGCGAGGGACGUCCGCGCGCUCACCAAGUCUUACCUGAAGAUCCGAGGGGAGCUCAACGACUUCCAAGCAAGAGUCAGCUUUGAUAAGGCGGAGCUGGGCUGUGAAGAUGGACACUUAAUAUGGAGAAUAGAUAAUUUCACAGCUCGUAUGAAGGAUGCCAAAGAAAACGAUGCUGUAUUAUGCAGUGCUUUGUUUAGAACUAGCAAAUACGGAUACACUUUGAAGGCGGAAGUAAACCUGAACGGCAUAGGCAAGUGGAAGGGGCGCAACAUCACGGGCACGGUGCGGCUGGUGGGGGGGCCCUACGACCCGCUGCUGCAGUGGCCGUGCCAGCUGACUGUCAACAUCAUACUGAAGGACCAGGCUGCGGAUAGGAAUCAGGCAAUGGACAUAGUGAAGUCCCUAGAGCUUCGCCGGAAGUCCUCGUCGAAGCGUCAAGACUUCGACGACCCCGGCGAAGGGAAGUCCACUUCCACCGAAACUCUGGACAAGAAUAUUCUGCAGCUGAAACGACAGUACAUCUUCAUACCGUAUACUAGCCUUGACAAGUUCGAGUAUGUUAAAAACGAUGUCAUGUUUCUAGAGAUUGUUGUCAAUCAGUGAUAGAUUACAUUAUUUAUCUAUAGAUACGGAUGAAGUUAGAGUUGUGGCCGAGAAAUAUUGGUAGUAAAUAUCUUAAAAGUGACCUUAUUUUUACGUAAUAGACUUAUUUUGAGCCUUAAAAUUUGCAUUUUUAUACAGAUUAUAUAACUGAAACUAUUAUGAACAUUAAAGUACUUAUUCCUUUUAUGUUUAUUAAGAUAAGCUCUCUUAUAAUUUAAUAACUAUUGAGUAACCUCAUAUAGGUACUAGAAAGAAAGAUGUAUAAACAUAUAGAUAUUUUUAUUUUGUAUAAAGUAUAAUAUAAGUAGUCAAAACAACAGUCAUAUAAGAUUAAGUCACACAAUAGUUAUAAAAUAUACAUCACACGUGAUAUGGUAUAUCCUUAAAUCGCGCCUUAUUCUAUACAAAAUAUUUAAUACACAUAUAUUUUUAUUUUA